UAUUAUUAUCAUUAUUAUUACUAUUAUUACUACUGUAUUUGAUGCUAUCAUGUCUCUAGAGAUAUUGAAGACUAUAAAAACAACGCCUUAAAGUCAACAUUUUUAUAAAAAUCUUUUAAUAAUCAUUUAGUGACUAAUGCCUUCAGUAAAAGAACACAUCUCAAAACAUCUACUUGCAUCAUUUCUAAGCUUUUAUUAAGCAAUAUAUAUAAAUAUAUAUAUUCAUAUAAAAUAUCUCCAAUUCGCACACAUUUCACUUUAAACAAUGUCGAAUAGCUCUAAUAUCACUGCUGACAGUAUUAUUAUAAAUAAUAUUACUACCACUACUACUAUUAGUAGUAUUAGUAGUAUCAGUCAAGACGAGAUUACCUCAGUUUAUACUGAGCCUGCAUCCGCUUCAAUAGAUGAGCUAAUCUAUGGAUUACACGAAAUCUUACAAGGUGUGUCACCCACAUGUCGUCAAGCCGCAACACUUUUCUUAUCAGGAUUUUUGUUGUCGGUGUUCUGUUAAUCAUACCAGCACUUAUGCAAACAGCAGCUGCUUAUGUAUGGGCUGCUCAAGUGCGUCGUGAAUCAGUUACACCGACCCAACUGCAACAGUACAAAACAAACAAGCCAAACACAAAUAGCAUCAAUGCUCAGAGACAAGGUAGAAAACGCAGAUUACCAAAACAAGACAGAACCUUAUUUCUAUACCGUAUACUCGCCUGUACUGGAUCCUUACUUGUACUUAUAUUUUCUACACUCCCACAAUUAGUGAUUGCUGUCGCAAAACCUCCAAUACCAGACAGUAUAGAUAAACGCUGGGGUUGGUGUCAUGCAUUUGUAUAUGCAGAUCAUGUGACAAGAUGUUUUGCGAGUUAUUUAAUUGUUGUUCCAUUUUUGCUGUUAUUUUGGAAUUUUUUAUUCAGUGAAAUAAUACCACGUCAUCAUUUAAUUAUGCGUAAUGUAUUCGAAGUGAUCUUGAAGUCAUCGAUUUUUAUAGCUUUGUUCUCUUUAUGCAUGCCAAUACCAAUGGUAAUAAGACAGUAUGAAAAAGUGUGUCCAUCUAAAAACUUUUGUACAUGUGGACCAACAAUUCAUGGUGUUGCAACAUUCUUAUACUAUGAUUUUGUGAUAACUCGUAUUGUUCCAGCGGUCUUUAUUAUCUUCAUCAGUAUUGGUUUUUUACGUUGGUUACCAAGAGAAGAUUAUGGGGUAUUCUAUGAACCAGCCAUUUAUUUAGCGCUUACAAUACCAGUUGUAUUAUGCGAAAUUAUCAUUCAUAUAUUUCAUCGUGCACAUAUAAUUAAAAAGUUAGCUAAUGUAAAUUUUUGCAAUUUUAUGCUUCUAUCCUAUUCAUUAUAUCAUACAUCGUUCAGUUGUACAUUUGUCCUUGCCACAUUACGCUCAAUGCUUAGCGAAAUACAAGAAGAACGACGUAAAAGAAGUAUGCUUUUCUAUGAUGAAAAUGUUGAUACUGGACAACAGUCAGGAGGAGGAGGAGGAGGAGUACGAUCACCGCCACCUUCAUCAUCAUCGUCAGCAUCUCGUAGGAAUAAAACUCUUGUCAACAGUGAAACCGGUAAAGCCAAUAGUACAAAAGAUCAAAUGCAUGGAACAAAACGUCGUACAAAUUUAAUUCAUGGAUUACAGAAACAAUUCUCUGUUGCAUAUCGAUGGAAACCAGAUUUUACAGAUGAAGAAACUGAUUUUAUAGCUGGUCAAAUUGAAGAAUCAUCUAUGGAUCAGUCUACGAAUCAGAAUACCUUCAAUAACAGUCAAAUUAAUAAUAAUAAUAAUAAUAAUAAUAGUAAUGAUCCAAAUUUAUUAGAUGUAAACAUGUCAAAUGAAACAGGUGAACAGUGUACUGAUGACGCUAUGCUUCAUUAUGCUAUUCUACAAAGAUCUGCUAGUUUAAAAAGAAAGAACAAGAGAAACGUACAAAACCCCAUUUAGAUCCUUCUCAUCGUGGUAACAUGCGGAGUCCAGAUUUUCAACAUAGACAACCAAAGCAACAGCGGAUCCCAAAUUAUUAUACUGGUGGUAGUAACAGAAUAGCCUAAUGCAACUGACCGUCUUUACUCAAUUUGAGAAUGAAUGGAAAUAUCAUCAAUAGAGGCUAAAACAAAUAUUAACAACACAAAUAGAAAUGCAUACAACACUAUGUUAUCUUCAUUUUGUACUGCUUUGGUGAAUAAAUCAAACUCUCCAUUGUAACAUAAAUAGAUGUUCACCAUGAAAUAAAUGUAUUUU